AUGUUGAACUUAUCGUGUGGACGCCAAGGCGAAUUCAUGAAAUCGGGUGAUUUUAUGUUGCUAUACUCCGAAACGCCAAACAUGAGCGAGUUUAACAGUGAAUACGCAGCUAUGGAAAGAGCACGGAAGCCCUCACCACCACCUGAAGGCGAGACGCAACCGUCUUCUACUGGACCUGGUGACCAACGGCGUCCUCAAGGCGUGCGGCCUGGUGUGCCUUCUCACAAACGACCAGUGCCUCCUCAUCCAGGAGGUGGACCUCCUCCGAAGCGACCAGAUCAAGGAAAGCCGUUGGUUGCCAAUCUGGAUAGAGAUGGAGAUAGUACAGGAAUGGAUACGUGA